GCAAAAGCAGCUGAAAUCCAGCUUGGAAAAGGGGUGGGGGAAAAGGAGGAGAAAGAAAUGAAUCGAUAAUUUUUUUUUUUAAACAACCACCAACAACCACCCAAGAAUUUAAACUGGUCUCAACCUCUUCAAGGAAAGUUAAUCAAUAAACUAAUUAACUGCUUUGCAAGCUCUGUAAUUAAUAGAUCAAAAGUAUUAGCACCAGGGCUCUGAAAGAGCUCAGACCAACACCUUGCUUCCAAGGAGGCGGAAUUGCAAGAUUCUUUAGAGUUGAUUUUUUUAUUAUUAUGAUUAUUUAAUAUUUUUUGCACCAAAAAAAAUCGGGAUUUUUUAUUUUUUUUUAAAGGCUAAAAAAAAUCAGAAACAACAAGGCGGCGACAGGGAGGAAUUUCCCACCUCCCUAAAAAAAAAACCACAUUUUUUUUUACAGAUUUGGGGAAUCCUGGUUGAAGCAUCCAGAGCCACCAACUAGCCUCUGCUCCCUUUGUUUGGUUCGCUGCUGGGUAGUGUUGGGACCAUAGUUAGGGCAGGGAUUGUGUUCUUGCUUCUUCCGCUGGGGCCGGGUAGGCGAUUCGAAGCUCGCCCCCAGAUUUGCCCCUUUGGACCAAUGAAGGAACCCGAUGCCAUUAAACUUUUCAUCGGGCAGAUCCCACGGAAUUUGGAGGAGAAGGAUUUGAAGCCCAUCUUCGAGCAAUUUGGGAAGAUCUACGAGUUGACAGUGAUUAAGGAUAAAUAUACAGGCAUGCACAAAGGAUGUGCGUUCCUGACCUACUGUGCUCGGGAAUCGGCCCUCAAGGCACAGAGUGCGCUGCAUGAGCAGAAAACACUCCCAGGGAUGAACCGGCCAAUCCAGGUGAAGCCAGCAGACAGCGAAAGCAGAGGAGAAGACCGGAAGCUGUUUGUGGGGAUGCUGGGCAAGCAGCAGACGGACGAGGACGUCAGGAAAAUGUUCGAGCCCUUUGGGAACAUCGAUGAGUGCACGGUGCUGCGGGGGCCAGAUGGCACCAGCAAAGGCUGCGCCUUCGUGAAGUUCCAGACCCACGCCGAGGCUCAGGCCGCCAUCAACACCCUGCACGGCAGCCGGACAUUGCCGGGCGCCUCCUCCAGCCUGGUGAUAGAAUUUGCGGACACGGAGAAGGAGCGGGGCCUGCGCCGGAUGCAGCAGUGUGGGCAGCCAGUGGCAUUUCACCCCAUCGCCCUGCAGUUCGGGGCCUACAGCGCCUACACCUCUUCCCUCUCUCUGCAGCUAAUGCAGCAGCAGGCAGCCCUGGUCGCUGCCCACUCCGCCUACCUCAACCCCAUGGCCACCAUGGCAGCCGUCCAGAUGCAGCAGAUGGCCACCAUCAACCCCAACGGCCUCAUCGCCACGCCCCUCACGCCUCUCACCCCCUCCUCAGGUACCAGCACGCCGCCCGCCAUCGCCGCCACCCCCGUGUCCGCCAUCCCGGCCACGCUCAGCGUCAACGGCUACAGCCCGGUCCCAACACAGACCACGGGGCAGCCAGCCUCCGAGGCCCUCUACACCAACGGGGUCCACCCAUACCCAGCUCAGAGCCCGGCCGCCCCCGUGGACCCCCUGCAGCAGGCCUACGCCGGGAUGCAGCACUACACAGCCGCCUACCCUGCUGCCUAUGGGCUGGUGAGCCCGGCCUUCCCCCAGCAGCCGGCCAUCCUCACGCAGCAGCCACCCCCUCAGCAGCAGCAGCAACGGGAAGGCCCAGAGGGUUGUAACAUCUUCAUCUACCACCUGCCCCAGGAGUUCACUGACUCCGAGAUCCUGCAGAUGUUCCUGCCCUUCGGGAACGUCAUCUCUGCCAAAGUCUUCGUGGAUCGGGCGACCAAUCAGAGCAAAUGUUUCGGUUUCGUAAGUUUUGACAAUCCCACCAGCGCCCAGGCUGCCAUCCAGGCCAUGAACGGCUUCCAGAUCGGCAUGAAGCGCCUGAAAGUGCAGCUCAAGCGACCGAAAGAUGCCAACCGGCCGUACUAAGGCCCUAGAAAGAAGAACAUAACCUCCUGCUAGCAGUUCUUUCCGGCUGUGCUGCGCAGAGCCCUGUCUCAGCCAGGUCUGGAGCUCAAUGGAGGAGGGAGCCCCCAAAUUACCGCCAUCCGGCCCAUCCUCCCCCUCCCCCACCCCCUGCAGCUCAUCCCUAGCCUGUGGCUCAUCGCGGCACUGAUCCCGGCCGCCUGACCUGCCAGCUGGGAGGACGAAGCCGAUCAGCAGAACCGAAGGCACCUGCCUCCACCCAUCGGCCCCGGGCUGCGCCUAGCCCCACCAGCAGCCUGCAGUGUGGGGGGGGGGGGAGGCCUUUCACCUGUGAUCUCAGCCCUGCUUCAUCAACAGCAGGGGAGAGGGAAAGGAGCCCCCCCCCACAGCCCUGAUCCACCCUGCCUCCGCAGUAGCCGUGAAUUCCUGCCACCGUAGCCCAGUGGGGGACAGAGUGGGCUCAGCCCUAGGGAAUCAGCUGGAGGGCUUGAUCU